CCUUGGAUGUAACUGGUGUAUGUACAUACAUAGAAGUUUCGUGUACGCGCGCGCGGACGGACUGAAUUUCCACAUGUUUUUUUUACGCACGCAAACGUCAGGAUUUAGCUGACGAGCGAGGUGAUCUCUGUCGUGACGAGCACCGACAGCGUCGCGUACUCGACGACGGGAACGUCCACGGUAGCGCGACGAGAUGAGUAAAAAGCGGAACAGGCAACCGGAUGCGAAUCCCGAUGUCAGCGAGACCUCCACCGAAUCCUGCGAGGAGGCGAGCGCAGCAGGUGCAAAAUGUCCACACAUAGCAAAGGCUAUUAACCUGAACAAAGUAAAAAAAAAUCUAAAAAAGACUGGUAUAUUGAGCAAAUGUUCCAUGUGCAAAAAACUGGAGGUGGACCUUAAAACAACAGAGGAAAUUUGUGAUAUUUCAAAGCCCCUAUGGAUUUGUUUGCAAUGUGGAGAACAAGGCUGUGGUAAAGAGCAAAAGCAGCAUGCUGUUGAGCAUUAUAGGAAGCCUCAUAGUGACUGCCAUUGCAUGGUAACAGAUUCUUAUCACUGGAGCGUUUGGUGCUACCAGUGUGAAAUUGAAGUUCAAUCCAACAGUAGGAAGAAACUGCUGGAAACUGUAGAAUUUAUCAAAAAGUGUGUCAAUAUGCCGCAAAUAUCUCAGCAAGCGAAAAUGCCAGUAAUUCAGUGCCAAAAAGAGAUGAUAAUUGAUGUACAGGAAAAAGAGAAGCAUAAAAUGUUAAACAAUCUUCCUAAAGUUGGGGGUUUAGCAAAUCUAGGAAACACCUGUUUUUUCAAUGCUGUACUUCAAUGUCUAGCGCAAACACCUUAUUUGGUGAAGGUGCUGGACGAUUUACGUUUGCCUGGGCAGAAAUUUGUUUUGCCAGGUGGAAAGCACAAACCUAUCGAUACCGAGGAAGAAGUGGAAGUGCCACCGAUCGAGGGGACCUUAGAGCGAUGGGGAAGUUUCACAUCAAUUCUCUGUGAAACUCUGUCGAAAAUGCAAAAUACGAACGGUCAUCAAACUUAUACUCCUUUAAAUCUCCUCUGUAAGCUCAGGAAAAAGACCACGCAAUGUGUGGAUGGUGGGCAACACGAUUCACACGAAUUUCUUCGACAUUUGUUGGAAAUAGUUCGAAAUGAGGAUCUCCGAAGAUAUCAGAGCAUAAUUUUGAAGGAAGUCGGCCUGAGCGGGAAGACCAAGCCGGAUUGCGUGGAAAAAGGUUUGAAAUCACGUGUGAAAUUCUAUGGUAAUCAGGCCAGCACGCGGCUGCUCGGACCAGAAGCGGUAUUCCGCGGCGUGUUGGUGUCUACCCUAGAAUGCUUGGAUUGCCAUCACUCAUCGCAGCGCACUGAGCCAUUUUUAGAUUUGAGUCUGCCCGUCACGGCGGACAAGCCUCAACCUCCACUCUUAAAAAGGAAAAAUAGCGAAUUUGAGGAUGCUUUCGAUAUGAUGAACGUUCAACAACGUGAUUGUCAAACUUCCGACAUGCCAUGGAAGCAAUUGAGGAAGGAAAAAAAAGCAGCCAGGAAGAAUCGGAAGAAUAAGAGACACGAGAAUCAUAAUAAUUCUAAUGUGUUGAUGGAUCUAAAUAAUCCUGCGGAAGAAAACAAUGACAAUGUUCUGAAGUCAGAAGAGAGUGACGCAGACAUAGAAGACAAUAUCGAGGUGGAUAAUUCUCAUCCGGAGAUUGGAGAAUCCGGUUAUAGCUCGGAGAAAGCAUCCGCCGUCACCAGCCCUGUAUCACCCGCUGAUCGUCAUCCAAACAACGACUUCAGUAACACGGUUAGCUCGGGGGACGGUAAUCUGGACAACAGUAACCUGGAACCAGCACAAGUUAGACAUCCAGUGAACAUUAAUACGUUAACUAGUCCUAGUCCAACCGAUGUGUCGAUGACGGACUUGACUCAAAUCAGGAUGCCGUCCGAGAAGACUGACAGGAAUGUCGGCACAGUCAGCUCCGAGAAUGAAGCGUCCGCCACGGUGUUAACCAGCUCCAUGAUCGUCAAUUCCGACGUCACGAGUCCCGAAGUACCUACCGCGAGUCUAAGCAGCUCUGCCGCUUCUAAGGAGAGCCCCACUAGCCCCGUCAAUGACGAAGAAGUCGCGGAAAGAUUGGACGGUGUUGAGACAUGGAUGGCAACUGCUCUAUCGAGAAGGAAAUAUAAUAAUGGAACUUCCAACGGAGAUGAUCCCGAAGAACAAGAUGUUUAUAAUGACGUUGGUGAUAUAAUAGCGGGAAUGUCUAGGCUGGGAAUCGCCGGGCAUCAAUCGCCUAGCAGGUACACGACCAAGGAGGGCGAAUGUUCCGUGGAAUCGUGCUUGAAUCAAUUCACCGCAUUGGAGCUAAUGACGGGAAGCAACAAAGUCGUGUGCGAGGCAUGCACAGGUCGUGAGAAGAAGAAUCAUGAAGGUUCGUCGAAGAUGGUGUGCACUUCGAGUACCAAGCAAUACCUCAUCUCUCAAGUACCCCCGAUAUUGAUACUGCAUCUGAAAAGAUUCCAAACGCAGAGAGUCGGUUUUCGGAAGGUUUUCAAGCACGUGUCAUUUCCGAUAUUGUUAGACUUGGCACCGGUUUGCACAGAUCACAAAAAACCUCGACUUUAUGCGCUUUAUGGGGUCGUCGAGCACAGUGGAACCGUUCACGGUGGUCACUAUGUUGCAUAUGUUAAGACGAGACUGCCAUUAUCGCCAGACGAUCCUCGAUGGAAGUUUCUUCCCAAGGAUAAAGAUCCUAAGACAGAUAAUGAAUCGAGUAGCUCAGAUUCGGAAGGAGAAGAAGCAUCUGCGAAAGCUGCAUCUGUUGUGGAACAGCCACCUGGAAGAUGGUAUUAUGUAUCAGAUUCUCGGGUAUCAGAGGUAGAUGAAAAUACAGUGCUGCAAAGUCAAGCGUAUCUCUUAUUUUACGAGAGGAUUCUCUGAUUCGAUAAAACGAAGCAGAACGGGAAUGAAGAUAAACAUAGUUGCGCUCGUAUUUCCGAUUCUCGAAAGAAAGAAAACAGACUUUCAAUGAAUUUAUUAAUUCUGCAAUUUUUAGUAUCAUAUCGCGCGUUAUUGAUUGUUUGAUGUAUGUAACUGAGUAUAUGUACAUUGCAAGAAAUCUGUAAUCUAGAAAUAUCGAAAUAUCGAAAACUUGUUUCUUACGAUUCGUUAGCAAUAGAUUGUGAACUUGUUUCUUA